AUGCCCCUUACCAAUGCUGGCAAUGGACACGUCAGCUCCGCAUCACAUAUAGAUUACGAGGAAGAAGUUGCAAAUCUCUUUGACCCAAUCUCCAGCGAAGAUUUCUUCGAACUGUGCCUCCAGUGUCUGUUCGUCUCCGAAUUCACCAUUGGUAAGUCGGUGAAACCUUACAGCGCGUUGGAGGACGAGCUGCGAACCUACGUCAGAACCGUAUUCGACGAGGCUUAUGAAAGCUCCACCGACGAACAGCUACUCCAAGCGACGAAAGAGUUUCCUCGACCGGUUGUAGACCUGGAAGUCACCAUAAUGCAGGCGGAAGGUCUCGUGUCUAAAGAUGUUAGCGGUAAAUCCGACCCUUACUGUACUCUCUACGUUGAACCAUCGCACAAGUUUCAUACGAGCGUACAACCGCAGACAGUUACACCGAGAUGGAACGAAACUUUUCGUCUACGUCUCGACGAUCACAAGCGAUCCGUGGUCACGAUCGAAGUCUGGGACAAGGAUCCGCGCACCAUAUGCGGGACAUGCCGCGAAAUCUACAAUAUCCGUUCCUGCUCCUCCUGCUGCGUCUUCUUACGGGAAUUGAUGGAAGUCCUUUGUGGUCUACGAGUAGACGAUUUUAUGGGAGCAUUCCGUAAAGUUGUGAGCGACAUACCAUGCACCGGCAGCAGCCAUUGGUACCCUCUUCAAGAUAUGCAUGGGCAGGGUGCAUACGGAAAAAUCUUUGUUAAGCUCGAGUUCCACUGCGUGCCACCUGAAGCAAUCGACAGCUGGAAAGUGUUGAAAUAUCAUUACUACCUAAGUCUACUCUUUCUUCUGCACAACGCGUCCAUACUACGCCCGGGUGCAGCCAUCACGUGGAAGCAUUGGGAGGACUGCUUGUCUGAAGAAGGGUUAACGCUGCUGUAUCACCACGCAAUGCACAAUGGCUUGAGGGAAAUCGAGCAAUGCUUCUGCCGUAUCAUAUCCCUUACAAAUGUCCUGAGGGCUGGCGAGAUUAGGAUAAAUUUUUCAGUGUUGUACUUGCAGUUGGACAAAAUGAGGCUUCUUUCCAGAAAUUCAGAUAAUCAGCUGAUCAAGAACUGCUUGGAGGCCGUCGUGAAGAUCAUAGCGCAAUUUUCCCUGAAGCGCUUUCCUUAUUUGCACGAACGAUUUCGCUUUACGAGUAAGUACGAACGGAUCGAUCUCUUGGGUCUGCUCUCUUGCUGCGUUUCGGUUGAAGCAUUAGCUACACUUGAAGUUACGGACAGCGCAUGCGACGAGAUUCGAAUUGAAGCACGCAAGUGGUACAAAACUUUAUCGGCGGAGUACGACUUUAAUGCGGAUGACUUCGCAGUCGUCACUCACACUGUUCAGAGCGUUUUAAUGAAAAUAUUAGAGUACCACGAAGAAGCAGAUCGUAUAUUUAAAACUGCUUGGAAUGAAACUUACAGCAAUAUCGUUCAAAAAGAGCUGGAUCUCUUCAUAGCAUCCUCAUUUAAGGCACGCAUCGUCCAGUUCUGUGCGAACUUAAAUACCAAGAGCGACCACGAUAUUACGAAGAGUAUUGGGGUGGAAAAUUCAUUGAAAAUGUUUUUCGCGUUGCAGACAUUCCACGAUACUAUUUUGAAAUCUCUUCCACAAGACCGUCGAAGUCUUGAGCUGGACGCGCUGCAGGAUUGGUUUGGCUCUGACGUAGUGUCUCUGUGGUUCAAGCACGCGGAAGCUCCGGUGUCUGAGUGGAUCUCUAAGCUCGUUCUCAGAGACGAUAUGUCCCCUGUCGCCCGUGACAUGAAACAAGGAUCAUCAGUACGAGACACAAUGGACAUUUUCCACGCUCGCUACGUGCUUCUCUGGGAAAAGCUUCGCCAUAAGACUUUCGAAUGCGUGUCCACGUUCUCAGGAGCCAUCAGUCGGGGUUCCACGCACUUCGCCAAAGCCAUGUAUGACCGCAUCGUUGCCGAAGGUCACUUUGAUGUUGAGGGUGAAUUCGAAAUUUCCAAGCGUCUCUGCGUUGCCAUCAGUAGUCUUACAGUCCUGUCAACUUACGUGCAAGGUACGAUCACAAUGAUAGAGCGUACAGCUGAAGCGGAUUCCGAAUUGUGCCCAAAAGUCACGCAGCUGAUUUUUCCGCUCGAAACUGCACUAGACAACAUACUGGCCAUUUGUACACGAGUGUGUAAAGAAGCUACAGAGAAGCUGAAACCGGAGUUCCAGAGGAGGGUGACUGACGUUGCAGACGCGGACACAGCGGAGACGCAAGAAAGAGCGUUGUACGAGUUGGUGAGAUAUGUGGACGCCUGUGUGCUCACGUUGCACGAGAGUCUGGAGCCUGUAGCCUUUCGAAAAAUGCUGAGAUUGCUGUGGAGGAUAGCUGUGGAUGCCGUCAAAGCUGAGGCAACGACUGUGCAGAGCAACUGCCUCCUUAGGCUCCUGACAGCUCCCUUGGCCUUUGAGGGACUUCAGAAGGCAUUAUCCCGUAUGAAAGAUGUGUUUCACGCUGAUGGAAGCGGACUGCCUGUGAGCGAUAUCAAUAUUGAACCGUUUGUUCUACUCGAAAGGCAGCUGGGAACAUUGCUGAUGUCAUUAGAGUCAUGACACGAAACAUGGUCUUGAAGAAGCGCGAAUUCAAAGACACGGACGCGAAGACGGACAGGGUCGAAGUAUGACUUGACGUUUCUGGUUUGGUGCAGGAUGAGUUCAGACAUACAAAUACUAUCUAAUACUACGUGUAAUAAUACUAAUACUGCAGCUGG